GCAAGAUGUUGGAAGCGGCCGGGCCGGACCCGGAGCUGGACCCGGAGGACCUGGUGCACUUCUCGGUGGGGGACCUGCCCAGCCGGGGCUACGGCGUGAUGGGCGAGAUCCGCCGGCAGGGCAAGCUCUGCGACGUCACCCUCAAGGUCGGGGACCACAAAUUCAGCGCCCACCGAAUCGUCCUAGCAGCUUCCAUCCCGUACUUCCACGCCAUGUUCACAAACGACAUGAUGGAGUGCAAGCAGGAUGAAAUCGUCAUGCAGGGCAUGGACCCAAGUGCGCUGGAAGCUCUGAUCAACUUUGCCUACAAUGGACACCUGGCCAUCGACCAGCAGAACGUCCAGUCCCUGCUGAUGGGCGCCAGCUUCCUGCAGCUGCAGAACAUCAAGGACGCCUGCUGCGCUUUCCUCAAGGAGAGGCUCCAUCCCAGGAACUGCCUGGGCGUGCGCCAGUUUGCCGAGACCAUGAUGUGUGCCGUGCUCUACGACGCUGCCAACAGCUUCAUCCACCAGCACUUUGUCGAGGUGUCCAUGUCGGAGGAGUUCCUGGCCCUGCCCUUCGAAGAUGUCCUGGAGCUGGUUUCGAGGGACGAGCUCAACGUCAAGUUGGAGGAGCAGGUCUUCGAAGCCGCCUUGGCCUGGGUGAGGUACAGCCGUGAGCAUCGAGAGAGCUGCUUGCCGGAGCUCCUGGCCAAAAUCCGCCUGCCCCUCUGCCGGCCUCAGUUCCUCACGGACCGCGUGCAGCAGGACGACCUGGUUCGCUGCUGCCACAAGUGCAGGGACCUUGUGGACGAAGCGAAGGACUUUCACCUCAUGCCCGAGCGCCGCCCGCACCUCCCGGCCUUCAAAACGCGCCCCCGGUGCUGCACCUCCAUCGCUGGCCUCAUCUACGCCGUGGGAGGCCUCAACUCAGCAGCAAAUUUCUACGCAGGUGACUCGCUGAACGUGGUGGAGGUCUUUGACCCGAUUGCCAACCACUGGGAGAAGUGCCAGCCGAUGACGACCGCUCGCAGCCGGGUGGGGGUGGCCGUGCUGAACGGACUCCUGUACGCCAUCGGUGGGUACGACGGGCAGCUGCGGCUGAGCACGGUGGAAGUGUACAACCCGGAGACGGACUCCUGGUCCAAAGCGGGAAGCAUGAACAGCAAACGCAGCGCCAUGGGAACGGUCGUUCUGGACGGACAGAUCUAUGUUUGUGGCGGGUACGACGGCACGUCCUCGCUCAACUCGGUGGAGUUGUAUUCCCCUGAGACAGACAAGUGGGUGGAGGUGACCCCCAUGAGCUCCAACCGCAGCGCAGCCGGCGUCACCGUCUUUGAGGGCAGGAUCUUCGUCUCCGGCGGCCACGAUGGGCUACAGAUCUUCAACAGCGUGGAGUACUACAACCACCACACGGCCUCGUGGCACCCCGUGGCCAGCAUGCUGAACAAGCGCUGCCGGCACGGGGCGGCAUCCCUCAGCAGCAAGAUGUUCGUCUGCGGCGGCUACGACGGCUCGGGCUUCCUCAGCAUCGCGGAAGUGUACAAUUCCAUGGCGGACCAGUGGUAUCUGAUAGUUCCCAUGAACACACGGCGCAGCCGGGUCUCCCUGGUGGCCAACUGUGGCCGCCUGUACGCCGUGGGAGGCUACGACGGACAGUCCAAUUUGAGCUCGGUAGAAAUGUACGACCCGGAAACCAACCGCUGGACGUUCAUGGCCCCGAUGGUGUGUCACGAGGGGGGGGUUGGGGUGGGAUGCAUACCCCUCCUGACUAUUUGAGCACGUGGGGGUGGGGGCCACCGCAUGCAAGCCGUAACAGCCCGGGCCAAGGAAGGACCCCCUCCCCCAGAGAAAGACCCUGCAGGAGAGGCUUGCAUUCUGCCAGGCGCGGUACAGCAUUCCUAGGUGCUUGGAGCACGGAUGCCCUGGAAACACAGAGACGGCUCGCCCAUCUGAGCCGUGCUGCCCUCGAGACGGCUGGAGCUUGGCCGUCCGGGCCGCGUGGAUGAAGGAUGCCCGCCUCUUUCUCUGCCAAACUUCCGCCUCCCGUCGUGCGGUCCCUUUGCUGAUGCUGCCAUGGCCCGUUGAUGUCAGAGGCGCGGUCCCUCGGGGGCCGCUUGAUGUCUGGUGCGAGAAGAUGCUUCUUACGGUGUCCUCUUGAAAGCAGAGAAGGGAGGAGACACGACAGAGAUGCCACCUCCUUUGUGUUCAGGGCAGGUGUCCAAUGCUCUCCCCCCCCAACACACACACACACACACUCAGUUCCAGUAACUUUAUACACCUGCAGAUCAUCCGUUUUCCAGCUGAAAGGGAAGGGAGCUGGAAAGCGAAGUUUGCUCCCACCCCCACACACCAAAGGGGCCUGGUGCACAUAUAAAGACCUCUGCGAUCAGUAGCUUUUCCAUUUGUCUCCGUGCUCAUUUCGUCUGUGUGCAGAAGGUAAGAAGAUGGCGAGUCUCCGGAAGUGAACAGAUGAGGCCGAGGGGAAGGUGGGGAUCGCGGCCUCUCAUCAGCAGCCCGCCCUGGAGGAGAGCUGCAUUUCCGGUUCCCCAGGGCCAUGGGAAAGGCUUGCGGCCACAGAAGUGAGCCAGUUACACCCAUGAGGUUGAGCCAGUGUUGUACUUCGUGUCGGUUAAAGAAAUAGUUUUGAGAGUUGUGCAGGCCUAGCGAGUAACACAAGGACUUUCAAAGCAGAAAACCAUCCCCUGAGUUGCUGGAACAGGCUUGCUUGCCCCGCAUCAGCGGUGCACCCGCCGGGUCGCCAGGUUGGUGGGUGCCGGGGCGGAGGGGGCCGGGUGUGGCUAUCACGGUCACCAUUCUGUCUGCUCCUGCACCUCUGUCUUUGGCGGCAGCUCCCUGCAAUCGGAGCACCAGCCUUACACCAACAGCCAGCCCUCCCGCAAAAACAUCCCUGAUUACCCUGAACGGGGAGGGGAGGGGAGGGGAGGGGAGGUGGCCGCAUCCUUUUCGGUUCUGGGAGGCUCCCGCUUUAGCGUUUUUCCAGCUCUUGCAUGGUGCCCUUCGUGUUCCAGCUCUCCCGUCUGCUUGACGAUUGCCAUCAAAUACCUUGUCCCCUUGCAAGGAGCUGAAAUGCCAGCUGCUUGUAGCAGGGAGAGCGAGCGCCUGGGUUUUGCGGGGUGGGGGGGACAGGAACAGGCCAAGCGCAGAUCCUCGCUUGCUGCCGAGGUGAAGAGGCGGCAUUCAGGCUUUAAUUGGCUUUAAUGGGCAACCGGGCCUGAGGGGCCGCGCCUGUUGAAGAAGAGGCUGCUCGGCCUCCGCGUGAGCAAGUGCCGUAAUGGCCAGUCCCCUCCUUGAGCCAGGCGUGGCUGCUGCAGCUGCCCUCGGCUGGGCUGACCGCCCAUCGGGUUGCCAAACUUAAGUCGUCCAGCGGAGGCUUGUCUUUCACAUCGGACAAAGCAGCAGCAUCGGAACCAGAUGGAGCGCGGUGGAGGGAGAGGAAGGGUCCCCUGAAGAUGCAUGAGACGGUGGAGGGUCCGCUCUACCUUUCUAGCAUUUUUCAGUCUGAACGUCACCAAACCAGCCACUCUCCAGUUUUGCACAAAGGUCAAACGGUCAUUUAAUUCCUUGGAAGUCCCCUCUCCCUCCCAAGUUAUGUCCCUUGUCUUAAAUCGCUCUUAAAUUUGGCCCCUGCCUGAUCCGCCCCACGUGGGGGCCCUCAGUGGCUCUUGCCAGCCCGCCUCCCCCAUGCAAAGGGGCUUCGCAGCCCUGGCGGGAUGAGCCAUUCCACACCGUCCGGGCUGCAGGAGGGACUCUGCCCUUGAGAGCUCAUUGCAGUGGCACCCCGGCCUCGCAUGCCCCUGCGGACCAGCCCUUCCGGCGCAGGAGCCGCUGGGAACAGCACUGCGGUGGCCAGUCCUUGAAACGAGGCGGAGGGUGCCUCCACCUGCCUGUGCUGCCUCGACUCCUCCAGGUGCUCAGUGAGCGGCAGGUCCCUUGUCCUCUGGCCAGGGAAGUGGGCCUCCUCCCCGCACUCAGGGCCCCGGGCACGUGGUGCCAGCAGCGGGCUCCCGUGUCCUCCCAGAAAGUGUGGAGCACCUCCAGAGGGUCACAGUGGGGCGGCCGCUCUUACAGACCCUGCCUGCCUCCCCCCCACUUUGCUCUUUGGAGCAUCUCCUGCCCUCCAGAGCGACUCUGGAUGCAUUGGAGAUCGCCGUGGUCUUAUUUCCUGCGGUACGUGGCAGGGCUGUGGGUUUUAUUCUCUGUGCUUGUACCUGAGCAGCAUUUUGGAUUUUCAUGCUGCAGAAGUCAAGCAGUUUCCCCUCCAGACGCAAAUCCCAGUGCGGCCAGAAGCAAAGAGCCUUCUGGGCCAGGACUAGUGAGUCUCUCUGAGCGCUUGCAGGUCUCUAGAAACGGAAAUGUGUUCCGAAAGCGCUGUGACUUCUUGCAGUGGCUGGUGAUCUCUCAAAGCACAGGGAAGGGCACGGGAUGGUAUCCAUCCCACAUCCAUUUAACUUGAAGGAAAUGUCUUUCUCAGAUGGUCAGUAGAUCUUUCCAGUUUGUGAAUGUGACUCGUCUUCCCCAACCUUUCUCCGUGAACCCAUCCGCUAAGGUCCGUAUGUGGUGUGGGAUCACAGGGCUGUUCAUUCAAACUCAAGAUCUUCCGUGUCCCCAGGUGAAUACCUGUUUGAGUCCAUCGGGGGCAUGGAAACCGUGUUGGCGGAGCAGUUUGCAGCACCUUGGCCAGGAGAGGCUUCCUCACCGCCCUCGUGCAAAUCAAAGUGCCAUGGAGGAUCGCCGGCCUUCCGCAACAGCCGGCGUGCCCGUAUUCUCUCCCAGACGGAGGCACUUCACUCCCCACAGCAAAGGAAUGCGCUUGCGCUCUUCACGACAUGCCAAGAUGCUACCACUUUGCAAUGGGCUGCAUCUGAACAUUGCUGCUGCAGAGUUUGUCUGUUGUGGAUGUGGAUGUGGAUGUCUAAAUAUGUAUACAUCUAUCUAUUGAUGAUCUGUGUAUAAAAUGGUUGUUUCUCGUGGGCA